AUGGCUGAUAUUCAAGAAUCAAUUGAGUGCGACGAAAUCAACAAUAAUAAUAUUGGACCUGCACUUCCACCAAAACAAAAGAAAAUUGAAGAAGUCGAAGGAGAGCAAUUACCGUAUGAGAUUGUGAAUGAAAUUCCGUGUUAUCAAGAAAAACAUGUUAUCGAUGGAAUUGUUGAGGUAAGAAAGGGAGAGGUUUGACCUAUUUUUGACCUCGGUGACGUUGCAUUUGAUACGUGGCUAUUUUAUUUCUUGAAAAAUAUGCUGAUGGUUUUCAGCAAUAUUUUUGGAACUGUGCCAGAGUUAUUCAUCUGACCGUUUUUCAGAUUUUCGAAAGAAUCGGAUACGACGACAAAGUUGGUGCAACAUAUUUGGGAAUCGGUCCAGACAACAAAGAAUUGAUAAUCCGUGUUGCUCCAAACGAAAAGGCUGCGCAUGCUGUUCGCGUUGAAGCUGCAUUUUUAUGCAAAGUUGAAGCGGAAAAUGACUGGCGACACUUUUCACAAGUCCAUAAGAUAUUUCAAACCGACGACGCGUUUCAUAUGACAUUGUAUUUUCGCGGUGGACCAACUCUUGAACAAUGUUUUCAAGUCAAGAAUCAACAAUUUACAAUUGGAACUGCUGGAAGAUUAGCGCAUGAUGUUUUGACUGUAAGUAUUCUGGUAGAUAAUAGAUUUGUUUUAAUUAUAAAUGUUUUACAGAUAAUUCGAUGUGCUCACAAACAUGGAUAUCUUGUCAGAAAUGUUGAUCUAAAUGCUUUCCAUUAUGAUGCAGCAAGUCGUCACUUAUUCAUGGCUGAUAUUUCUUCGUUAGUCAAAGAUCUAUCAAAAACUGAUGCUCGAAUUGUGGAACCAAUUGCAUCAUAUGUUGGAAAUCUCGAUUUUGCUCCAUUGGUACAUCAUAAAGGUGGAAAGAUCACAGCAAGACAAGAUCUCGAAUCAUGGCUUUAUCAAUUUGUUUUCAUGUUGAAAGGUCUACCGUGGUCACCUUUAUCACUUGAAGAAUCCGGAAAAUUGAAGGAAAAAUCAGUGGAAAGUGGAGCAUUGUUCGAUGGUCUUCCAGAGCAUUUCAAAGAACUUUCUUCGAUUAUUUUCACCAAAGAUCAAACACAAAAAGUCACUGAAGAUGAUUAUGCCAAACUUUUGGAUAUCACCGAGAAAAUUUAUAAAGAAAUUGGAAAAGUGAAUGAUCAUGAUGAGAAUAUGGAUUUUGAAAGAGAACCAACCGAAGAUGAAAUUCCACGGUAAGAGUUUUUGAAAAUGUGAAAAACAAUAACAUUUCAAAUUUCAGUCUGGUAUAUUGCCCAAAUGAAGAAGUUGAAAAAUUGGAAGAAAUAAAAGAAGAGGAAGAGGAAAAAGAAUGA